UUUGGCUGGUGCGUGCAUCGCGAAAUUUUGUGGCAUCAGCAGGUGCUUGGAUUAAUUUACGAGCGCUCGGACCUGCGACUCGCAGUUUCGAUUGAACUUUUCAACGGCUAACAACAAACGAAACAAGUGAAACAAACGAUGAUGCAGUGGACGUUGAUUUCAGCGGCCAUACUCGUAGUCAGCAAUGCUGUUGCUGACGUUCUGGUGCAACCAGGUUACGGACAACCACGUUUGCAGUUACAACAGCAACAACUUGGACCAAUGCAACCUAUGGGAAUUCAUCAACGCACCUCUGAGAUACAACAUCAACCGAUAGACCAUGGUUAUCACGUGGAGCUUCAUCCAGUGUAUGGCAAUUUGCACCAGCCUGACAAUGGACUGUCGUACUCGCCCAUGCAACCUCAGAUGACGUACUCGCCCAAGGCUUACAAACGUUUACUUGGUAGCCAAUUCAGUGGCCGUGGAUUCGAGGGAAUAUCUGGAGCCAUUCCAGCUCAAUACGUUCCUUUGGCAGUACAUAGUCGUCUCAGGAGGUCUGUCACCGACGAAUCCAGUCCUGGGUCAAACACCGAGAAACGCACAAAAGUGGGUGUGGCCACGAAGUCGACCCUAAACGAAAAUGUCCCUCCGGUCGUCGAUUUGCAAAGUCAGAACGGAGAAGUUACGAAAAACCUCGAUGACAAACGCGUGGAUGUUCGCCAUAGCCAACAGAAUCAAGGUUCUACCCUGUUCGGUCUGAAUCCAUCAAACCUGCACCCUGGAUAUCAUCAAUACACUGAACCCUUCAACCCUCGUUAUCAAAUCAUCAACGAACAGACACAACCACAAGUAUCGCCCCAAGUGAAUUCUCGAGCAACAUCGCAGGAGCAAACGCAGAAUCUGGUUACACCUCCGUCACAGCAGAUCUAUCCUAAUACGAACCGCGGAGACUAUAAAAAUUCCAUGUCGGUGCAACGUCUUGACGCACAGCAACAACAGCAGAGUGGAUUGACGCAGAACAUCGUCGCAAAUCAACAGAGAAACUUCCCUGAUCCCAGACCACCAUCUGCUCCUCUUCGAUCGCCGAGACCAGAGACGCCAAACGGCCCUACCGAACCUCGAACACCUGAUACCACGCAGGCUAUGUAUAACGCGGACGACGAGCUGGUGGGCUCGCACCACCAUCACCACAAGACGAAAAUAAUCACGAGUCAUUUGGGUCGUUAUCGCGGAGCAUACACGGCGCCCAACGUCGCGACCAGCGGAGGUUACCGUUGCUCCUGCUCGAAUCCUGGCUACGUCGCUCCCAACGUCGACGAUGCCCUGGCGUCGUAUAACUUAGCAACCGGAGCACAAGUUUAUCAACUCCCGAGCCUGCAAGAAACGACUUAUCCGCCCGUCAGAUUCGUCGUUUUGCCACCAAGUUACAACAAUUACGUAUCCAACUACGAUUGGGGAUACCAGCCUUCCCUUUCGCCGUACAACGCGUGCUUACAGGACACCGUGCCAUCCGUGGCGUACCAGCUUGUGUGAGACUUAGCAAAUCGAACGACCGUAAGCUAGUUUAAGUCAUUUUUUUUUUAUUUAUUCACUUUUUGUACGAUAUGUGACUGCGUUUACUCUGGAUCGAAGAUGGGGACAAUUAGAGACCGUGGGCGAGAACCAGUCAUCUAUAUAAAUUGGGAUACUAUUUUUAUUUUUUUAUUGGGAGACAUGACUGGUUUUCUGCAGUAGUCCUUGAUUUUUAUGAUAAAAGUAAUAUGUACAAACGUCAAAUAACGAGUGACAGGUAAACGAUUGUUUAUGAUUAAGUAUUGAUUUAAUGAAAAUUGGAAUUUUUAUUGUAGAAUAAAAUAUUUCUCAAGAAAAUUUUAUUUAGAAACCAGAUAAAAAUAAGUUUUUUACCAGAAGGAAGAAACAAUACUCUCGACUGUCAUUCGUUGCUGACGUUUAUUAUUUACUGUUCGAAUAAAAUUUUCUCGUCCCUGCAUCGCACGCAUCAUCGAAAACCGUUCAACUGGUAGCAAUUACACGGUCAUCGGUCAUAAAGCGAUACCUGGGCGACGAAAGCCGAAAGUAAUGUCUUCCAAUAAAUCUAUGACCAUAAA